UACACGGCCGAGCGUUCACGCGAGCGGAUUCACUUUUGUGUGCGUUUUCAUUCAGCCGCUCGACAAACGACAUACGACAUACGCGACAUUCGUGACAUUCGCUACAUUUGCUCUUUGCCAGUGCACGCGUUGGCGAUUGCGUAUACGCCGCGUUGCCCCAUUGGCCCCGCUUUUUGUUGUCACACAUUGUUUGCAGCUUGAGGCCUGUUCGCAAUCUAUUGGAAAUCGCAUUGUUUGACUUGAAUUCAGCCGAUCGCUGAUGUCCCCGUACCCAAAGAACGGCGCAUUGUGGGCUGCCAGCGCCCUUGCCCUGCUCGUCGGCGCAGCCAAUGCUCAGCCAGAGCUGGCGCGCCAGGCCUGCGAUAUACCCAACGAGACAAAGCGUGGCGUCUGCGUGCCGGUGAGCCAAUGCGCCGCAUAUUUGCAGGUGCGCAAUGUGACCAACUUAAGUUCGGAGCGCGUCAACUUUCUGAAGAAGGUGCAGUGCGAGGUGGAGACAACAUCAACGGCAACGGAAACUGAAAACGCAACGUUAGCAGCAAAUGCUGCUGCUACUGAAGCUGUAGAUGACGAUUCGAAUGAGUCCUCGUACAAACCGCUUGUCUGCUGUCCGGCAAAUGGCCAGGAUUAUCUCUACCCGGUCAUACAGUUCUCCAAGUUCGAGUAUCGUCGCUUUCUGGAUGUCACCGCGCGCUUCAAGCGGAAGAAGCUUAAGCGACGCAUCCAGACCGUCGAGCCCAGCACGGGAUUUAAUCUGUUGAACGAGUGCGGCAAACAGGUCACAAAUCGCAUCUAUGGCGGCGAAAUUGCUGAAUUGGACGAAUAUCCCUGGCUGGCAUUGCUGGUCUAUCAUUCGAAUGACUACGGUUGCAGCGGCGCUCUGAUCGACGAUCGUCACAUUCUGACUGCCGCCCACUGUGUCCAAGGCGAGGGCGUGCGCGAGCGACGCGGCUUAAAGCACGUGCGUCUGGGUGAGUUUAAUGUCAAGACAGAGCCGGACUGCAUUGAGGAGCCCAACUAUUUGAGCUGCGCUGACGCGGCACUAGAUAUUGCAUACGAGCACAUACACGUGCAUCCGGAAUACAAGGAGUACUCCAGUCACAAGUAUAACGAUAUAGCCAUAAUUCGUUUGAAGCAUCCGGUUAGUUUCACGCACUUCAUCAUGCCCAUAUGCCUGCCCAAUCAAAGCGCCCAGACGCCGCUCAUUGAGGGCCAAAUGUUCUCCGUUUCCGGCUGGGGACGCACCGAUCUCUUCAACAAGUACUUUAUCAACACGCACAGUCCCAUUAAACUGAAGCUACGCAUACCCUAUGUGUCCAGCGAGAACUGCAGCAAGAUGCUGGAUCUGUACGGUGUGCGUCUUGGCCCCAAGCAGCUGUGCGCCGGCGGCGAGAAGGCUAAGGAUACGUGUGCCGGCGACAGCGGUGGUCCGCUCAUGUUCUUCGAUCGCCAGCAUUCCCGCUGGGUGGCCUACGGCAUUGUUAGCUACGGAUUUACGCAAUGUGGUGCCGGGCCUGGAGUUUAUACGUCUGUCUUGAGCUAUAUUAGCUGGAUCGAGAGCAUUAUCAAGCCUACGGCUUGAGAGAGAGAGAGAAAGAUAUGUGGAGCGUUGACGUCAUUUUUGGUUUUGGAGACAUUUCAGAUACCCAAUAACAGUUGGCGCCUAGUUAAAGGGGCUGGGCGCCGGGGCGUGCAAUCCACGGAACUGUCUCUAAAUAUUUGUACAUAUUUUGCUAAUUAUCUAACAGUAAAUUACUGUGUGUGUGCGUGUAUGUGUGAGUGUGUAGGUGUAUGCCUGUCUGAAAUAACAAAAGUCUGAAAAACAUGUUUCUAUUUAAAUAAGCUAUUAAAAUAUUUACACACA